AUGAUUCCACCACCUCCCCCACAGGCCUCUAUCACAUUGUCUGAACAACGUAAACGAAAGAAAAGAUUCGAAUUGGCUCCUGUUGAAUCUUCGCAACAAUCGGAUCAAGAUUCGUAUAAUAAUCCUUUCAUUCCAAAACCUCCGUUGAUGAGUCUUGCCAAUGAUAUGCUCCUAGUUCCAUAUAUUCAUUACGGAUUGAAUAGAAAUUUGACAGUUUUGACGUUAUUGGACAGAGAAAACAUUCUUACAAAGAGUCCUACAUUAGUUUCGUUUGGUGGAUCGAGUUUCGAAUUGGGAUAUCAGAAAACAUUGUUAAUGCUUGACUUGGAUCCUGCCACCAAAUAUUCAAAAGAUGGAGGAUUAGAUACAAGUUUUGAAUAUGAUUGGAAACCGAUUCAGACAACAAAUAAUCAAGUUUUUGAGAAGGAAAAUUUCACAUGCAUAUUUGGAAAUAUGAUCUAUUCUAAACGAAACCAAGCAAUCUAUGUUUUUGGAAGAGGAUGGUCCAAAUCAUGGGUUGCCAGUCUAAGUUUAAAAACUCUUUCUUGGAAAAUGAAAGAUGUUUCCAUCAAUCAUCAUUACGAUCAAGUGAAAUUUGCAAUUUCUCAAAAUGAUGAUCAAUUUCUAAUUUGCCAUUCUGCCUCUCAAUACUAUGGACCAUUCUAUAUUUCAUUGUGCAGUUUUAGAGAUUUGGAAAAUAUGUUCAUGGAUGAAGAGGUGAGAGUGGGCUUGAUCAGUAUUGAGGAACCUAUUCUAGUGGAAAAUAGUGAGAUUCAGUCAAAAAUGGCAGCUCCUAUUUCAGAUGGAAAUAAGGUAGCUCUUUAUGGUUCGACAUUUUACGAUUGUCAAAAGAUUCACAUUAUGGAUUUUGCAGAAAAUAUUGACAAGAGACAGUUUAUUCAAUUUGAAUAUCCAGAAAAUUCAUACAUUUUGGAAAUUCCACCUCAUUUGAGGGAAUUCAAAUCAAAGCAACAACUAUUAGUUUCCACAUCUGGUUCGUUUUACAAGUGCAAUAUUGUUGAUAGAAAGACAAAAUUAUUGAAAUGUUCGAAAUCUGCAAUUAUAAUGAAACAUCACAAAUUAUUUCCUCCAUUCAUGGCCUUCUUCAAGACAAGAAAGGACGAAAAUCAAAUAGUAUAUAUUACCAACAAUGAUGUCUUGUUUAUCUUGAAAUUGGAUUACAGUGUGCCAUCCUAUGCAUUCAGAAAUAAGUUGGGUGACAUUUAUUUUUCUGAUAUUUCAAUUCAAUUUUAG